AUGGAAGAAACAAGAAUCGCUGAACCGGAGCAGACCGCUGUUGUUCUCUACGCCUCCAACGCGAACUGUCCAUCCAACAGUUGCAAUGGUUCCUGCAACAGUUCCCGCGGAGGUAGUUCUUCGCGUUAUCAGCGCGGGGGUGGCCGAUCCAACCGUCGCGGAGGUCGCAGCACUAACCGUCACCCCAUGCAGCACUACGACUACCAUAGUGCCCAUGGCGCAUCUCAACUCUGGCGUGCACCUUACCGACAACCGUCAAUUCUGGGAUCCGCUCCAAAUACAUCGGGCCACUCAUCCACUCCAGCGGCUCAAGCCUACUUUACUGGACCACGUGAACCCUACACCGGCCACUCGGCUCCUACUCAGGUUCAUCCGCAGCAACAACCAUGCCACAGCUCUAACAGUUUCAUCAACAAUUGCAACAGUUCCUGCAACAGUGCCAACGUGGUGGAUCUCGCAAACUGUUUGAAUACGGUGACACUUCAGCAGCCUACCGAGUCACAGUGGUUCAUGGACAGCGGGGCGACCUCUCAUAUGGCACCGCACUCAGGUAAUUUCAAUUUUGUUUUUAAUCCUGGCAGUCAUUUCCCCAAACAUGUCGUCGUCGGUAAUGGUUCCACCCUCCCCAUAACCCACAUAGGCCACACAAUUCUUCCCACCACUCCUUUCCGCCUCACAAAUGUCUAUGUCACACCCAAUAUCGUCAAACACCUUAUCUCUGUUCGAAAGUUCACCCGCGACAACUCAUGUUCAGUUGAAUUUGACCCGUUUGGUUUUUCUGUGAAGGAUCUUCGGAGUCGAGUCGAGAUUUUCAGGUGCAAUAGCUCCGGUGACCUAUAUCCAUUUAAAGUCCCUCCCCCCACCUCACAUCCCGUUGCUUUCCUCACUGUCGCAACACCUUCAUCUCGCACUCUUUGGCAUCGGCGUCUAGGCCAUCCCGGCAAACAGGUCAUGUCUCGUUUAUUUUCUAGCACUUUUCUUUCCCAUAAUAAAGACCCUGGGGAGUCUCUUUGUAAUGCCUGUCAAUUAGGCAAACAUUUUCGUCUACCAUUUUUUUCUCAAAAAUCUACUACUGUUGCCCCCAUUUCAAAUUAUUCAUGCUGA